AUGUGUGGAUCUCUUAAUGAAGAUCUGUUGAUGGGAAGGAAGCUAAAGUCGAUUGAAUACAAAUACGUAGCGACUCGAACGUUGAAAGAUUCAAUAUCGAGAGAUAUAGAAAAGGAGGUUGAUCAUCUGAUGAGAAACGAAUAUCCCUCACCAGUGAAACCGAAGAAGAGAACUCCGACCGAAAAUAUAAGAGUAUUUUGUCAUAGCAGUAGCGUUACUCUGAAGAAUGUUCAGAAGCAAGCCAAGCUCUGGGAUUUGGUCAAGUCCUCAAUUACGAACUUUUGA